AUGGCCGAUUCAAACACAGAAACCGCGGCGCCUGUCGCCGUGUUCAAGAAGCGAGGCGCAAAGGGCAAGGCGAACCUGCGAAAACGGCCGGCGACGCCACCUCCUGCAGACAGCGACGACAGCGACUAUUCAUCCUCGGAAGACGAGUCGGGCCAGCGCGUCAAGCGGCGCAAGAAGACUGUCACCGUCACAGCUUCCUCCAAGGACACUGCGACUAGGGAAAAGGAGUUGACGGCGACGGUAUAUGCUGCAGAUCGGAGUGUGCCAAUCACGAGUACCAACGACGCCACAAAACACAGCAACUGGUACGACGAAGACUCCAAGGAUGCGCUUUCAGCCAAGAACCUCCUGGGCUCAACAAGAUCAACCACGAAAGACUCUCAACCCGAUGGAACAUACAAGGGACUUUCGAAUCAAACAUCAUUCAUUCAAAAGAACCCCGAUGCCCCCACCAGAACCAAAGGUCCGAUGAAGGCGCCAACCAACAUCCGAACGGUCACGGUCAUGGACUUCAAACCAGACAUCUGCAAAGACUACAAACAGACGGGUUUCUGUGGGUAUGGCGAUGCGUGCAUCUACCUUCAUGAUCGAACGGACGUCAAGCAAGGAUGGCAGCUGGAUCGAGAGUGGGAGACCGUCACGAAGGGGAAGAAAAACUUGGGUGGCACCGUGGUUGCGAGCGCCAACCGCGACAAGAAGGAGGAAGUCGACGAAGACGAGGCAGAAGUCGCCAUGCUCGAAAAGAUUCCAUUUGCGUGUAUAAUAUGCAAGGAAUCAUACAGGGAGCCCAUUGUGACGAGGUGUGGCCAUUAUUUCUGUGAGCCAUGUGCUCUCAAGAGAUACAGGAAAGACCCGACAUGCGCCGCGUGUGGGGCAGGGACAAAUGGAGUUUUCAACUCGGCAAAGAAGUUGAAAAAGCUGCUGGAGAAGAAGAGGGAGCGCGAAGAGAAGAAGAAGCGAGAGGCAGAGGAGGCCGGGGAGGAGGAGGCAUGA